CAAAAUCAUUACUCGCUAAGAUUAUUUACGACAAAUAUGUUCUAAAAGCUUAACAGUACAAACAGAAAAUUUUUUUUCGUUUAGUGUUAAAUUAAUUAAUUUUGUUGGAAUUAUUUUUAAUUUAAACCUUUUUUUUUAGUAAAUAUUUUUUUCAAUUUUGAUAAAAAUUUGAUUUGUUUUUAUUAUAAAAAUAAUGGAGAAAGUAAAAAGUUCAAUACCCGGUCUUGGCUAUCCAUCGGGACGAGAUGAUCCUAUAAAGUCUGGUCAAGGUUUUAUUGAAGGUAGAAUAAGAGACGAUGGCGCUGAGGGACUUUGGAGAAUUGGAAAUGGACUUUACGAUUUGACAGAUUGGGAAAAAUUUCAUCCAGGAGGUUCUGAGUGGAUUAAUCUUACAAAGGGAACCGAUAUUACCGAAGCUUUCGAGGUACACCAUUUGACUGAAAAACCACAAAGAAUAAUGCCAAGAUUCUAUGUUCGCGAUGCCAAUUCACCACGAUCAAUUCCAUUUACAUUUGCCGACAAUGGAUUUUACAGAAAAUUCAAAAAAAGAGUACAAAUCGCUCUCAAAGAUGUAGAUUUUCAAAAUCCAUCAAAAUCGUCAAAUUUAAUGACAGAUACACUUUUUAUUUUGACAUUAAUCUCAUCGAUGAUUGCAGCGGCUACAAAUUUUUCAUUGGCAUUCGCGAUAAGCGGAAUAUUUUUAGCGUGGACAACAAUAGCUGCACAUAAUUAUCUUCACAUGAAACAUCAUUUUAGAAUGUAUUAUUUUGAUUUGAGUUUAAUGUCAAGUAAAGAAUGGCGUAUAACACAUGCACUUUGUCAUCAUCUUUAUCCAAAUACAAUUUGGGAUCAGGAGAUUUAUGCAUUUGAACCAUUAGUAAAUUGGUUACCAAAGCAAAAGCCUGUGUUAAAAAGAAUUAUUGGUGUUAUUAUCACACCUUUCAUUAUCAUGUUGGGAUUUCUAAAAGAGGGAAUUAAAAGGUACUACUUGGUUUACAAAGUAUGGAAAAAAUUCGAAUUUAGAGAUUUAGUGCCACUUUUUUUGCCACUAUUAUUAUGUUUUGUUGCACCAAAUCCAAUAUCAGCUAUUAAAAGUUGGAUGAUUAUUAUUUUUUGUGGUAGUUUUGUUUUCUUUUGCAUUGGAAUAAAUGCUGCGCAUCAUCAUCCUGAUAUUUUUCACGAUGGUGAUAUUUACAGAAAAGACCUCGAUUGGGGACUAUUGACAAUUGACACUGUUCGUGGAAGAGAUAUAAUUGAUGAAUCAUCAUUUUUGACAUUGACAAAUUUUGGUGCACAUAUUCUACAUCAUUUAUUGCCAACAGUUGAUCAUGCAUAUUUACCACUUUGUCAGAAAGCAUUUAACGAUACUUGUAAAGAAUUUAAUAUUAAUAGUACUGAUAAAUUUAAUUCAUUGGAAUUAAUAAAGGGACAAUUUCUUCAACAAAUACGAUUGGAGAAAGUUGACAAUUGUAGAAUGUAAAAAAAGUAUUGGAAAAAAAAAUAAAAAUUUCUUGUUAAGGAAAAAUAAAAUUUUUUAAAAAAUUUUUAA